AUGCUCGCGGGGGCGGCGAAUGCGUUCGCGGUGGACGACGCGGCCAAGCCGAGCGUCGCGAGCGCGAGAGAGGAUGCGCAGAUCGCGAUGAUGCGGCAGAUGCAGCAACAAAUGCAGCAAAUGCAGCAGCAGCAGAACGGUGCACAAAAUCCCGAGGACGAGGAGUUGAGCGCGCUCGAGCGGUUUUGCACCGACGUGACGGAUGAGGCGCGUCGAGGCCUUCUCGACCCGCUCGUCGGUCGCGAGGAGGAGGUGCGACGGUUGAUUCACAUCUUGUGUCGACGAACGAAGAACAACCCCGUGUUGCUCGGGCAGUCUGGGGUCGGUAAGACGGCCAUCGUCGAGGGUUUGGCGCAACGCAUCGUCAACGACGACGUGCCGCAGGCGCUGCGAGGGGCGAAGCUUCUCGAAGUCGACCUCGGCGCCGUCGGCGCGGGGUGCCAAAUGCCCGGUGAAUUUGAAGAGCGCUUGACGAUUAUCGUGCAAGAAGUCGUGGACGCGACGGCCAAGGGACCGGUGGUGUUGUUCAUCGAUGAUAUUCACAAUCUUUGCCCGGCGCCGCCGAUGAAUAACAACGGAGCCGCGAUUCUCAAACCCGCCCUCGGGCGAGGCUUGCUUCGGUGCGUCGGCGCGACGUCGGCGGACAAGUUUAAGAAGACUAUCGAACAAGAUGCCGCGUUAGAGCGCCGAUUCCAGCAGGUUCCGGUGGAGGAACCAAACGUAGAUGAUACGGUGAGCAUUUUGCGGGGACUGCGACCGCGUUACGAGCAGCAUCACAACAUCGCCAUCAGCGAAGGCGCUCUCUUGGCGGCGGCGCAGUUAUCCGCGCGCUACGUCUCCGGACGCCAGUUGCCGGAUAAGGCGAUCGAUUUGCUCGAUGAAGCCGCGGCUGCGGUGCGUAUGAUGAAGACGCAUAAGCCAGACGGCUUGGACAUGGCGGACCGCAAGAUUGCGCAGCUUCAAAAGGAGCGCGAUCAACUCUUGCGCAAGAACGCGGGCGAAUUGGCCAAGGCGGGGACUUCCAACGUCGCCGCCGCCGAGCUGCAGAAGAUUGCGGCCGCGCUUAGCGUGGAGAAGAAGGCUCGCAAGGAGAUGCAAAGCAAGUAUGACACGGAGCGUCGCAUUCAAGACGAGUACCGUCGCGCGUACGCGAACAACUCUUUCAUCAAGCGCAAGGUUGAAAACGCCAAGAUGAAAAUCGCGCAGGCGACCCAAGCCGAGGCUGGAUCCGUGCUCGCCGCCGAGCUCGGGCGCGCUCAAGCUGAAUUGAAAAAGCUUGAACAGCAAGUCAAAACGACGGAAGAUGAACUCACCGCGGCUGAGGCAGCCGUGCUCGAACUCAAAGACGGCGGCGCCAUGAUGCGCGAAGAAGUCACCGACAACGACGUCGCCGCCGUGGUGAGCCGUUGGACGGGUGUGCCUGUCGCCAAGCUUGUGUCGAGCGAGAAGGCCAAGCUGUUGCAACUCGAGGCCGAGCUUCAUCAGCGCGUGAUCGGACAAGAAGCCGCGGUGACGUCUGUCGCGGAGGCGGUGCAGCGAUCUCGAGCCGAUCUCGCCGAUCCGAACGGACCGGUGGCGUCCUUCAUGUUCCUCGGCCCGACUGGUGUGGGUAAGACGGAGCUCGCCAAAGCCUUGGCGAGCUAUUUGUUCAACUCCGACACCGCUCUGGUGCGUCUUGAUAUGAGCGAAUACAUGGAGAAGCACUCCGUCGCGCGCUUGAUCGGCGCCCCUCCGGGCUACGUGGGCUACGACGAGGGCGGUAUGUUGACGGAUGCGGUCCGUCAAAAACCGUAUUCGGUCGUGUUGUUUGAUGAAAUUGAAAAGGCGCACGUGGACGUUUUCAACGUCUUGUUGCAACUUCUGGAUGAGGGCCACGUCACCGACACGCAAGGUCGCAACGUGUCUUUCCGUAACUGCUUGAUCAUCAUGACUUCCAACUUGGGUUCGGAUGAGAUUUCCUACGCCAACAAGCGUCGCAACAAGGUGAACGUCAAGGAUGCGGUCAUGCAGCACGUUCGCUCGCACUUCCGCCCCGAAUUCGUCAACCGUCUCGACGAGUUUAUUGUUUUUGAGCCGUUGACGCACGCCCAAAUCGAAGAGAUUGUGCAGUUGCAAACGAAGAAGUUGUCGCAGCGCAUCGACACCCAGCGCAUGAACCUCUCGUUGGACAGAAGCGCCAUCGAGCACUUGGCGCGACAAGGAUACGAUCCGGCGUACGGUGCGCGUCCGGUGCGUCGGGCGAUUCAACGAGAACUCAUUCAGCCCUUGGCUAAUGCGAUGUUGCGAGGUGUGUUCAACGAAGACGACACAAUCCUUGUCACGGCGGACCGCCAGGGUAUUUGCCUUUCCAACGGUCCGAAGAUUGUGCGCGAGGUUUACGACAUCCACGCGCAAGACUCCGAAGAUGAGUCCGCCAACUUAUAGAGAUCACUCGAAGUCACUCUAGGCACACACUAAUAAGCGAUUGUUGUUUGAUUCUUUCCAUUACAUGAAAAA